GGCAGGAUGGGAGGAGGCGGGUGCCUGUACUUGGCAAGGAGCGGCCUCUGAUUGGCCGAGAGGACGCGAGGUGAAAGGGCGGCCCAGACUGCUGAGGGGAGUUUGGCGGCUGAACCGAGAAUGAUGGCGGCAGCGGCCUCUCUGUGGCGGGCGGGAGUUUGGCAGCAGCGUCAGCAGCGUGGGACUGUGGAGCGGUUGUUCCAGGCGCGAACGCUUUCAAAAUGGAGGUGGUACCUUGUCACUUCUUGUGGUUUACACUCCACAGUAUUUGAUCCAAAUGAAAAGCCCUUUGAGAAGCUUCUUAUUGCUAAUAGAGGAGAAAUUGCCUGUAGGGUAAUCAAAACAUGCAAGAAGAUGGGUAUUAAAACAGUUGCUAUACACAGCGAUGUUGAUUGCAAUGCUGUCCAUGUGAAAAUGGCGGAUGAAGCAGUCUGUGUUGGCCCAGCUCCCACUAGUAAAAGCUACCUCAACAUGGAUGCUAUCAUGGAAGCCAUUAAAAAAACCCGGGCCCAAGCUGUCCACCCAGGAUAUGGAUUCCUUUCUGAAAACAAAGAAUUUUCCAGGCGUUUGGCAUCAGAAGGUGUUGCUUUCAUUGGACCAGACAUGCAUGCUAUUCAAGCAAUGGGGGACAAGAUAGAAAGCAAACUGUUAGCCAAGAAUGCCAAGGUCAACACCAUACCUGGUUUUGAUGGUGUGGUCAAGGAUGCAGAUGAAGCUGUCAGAAUUGCAAGGGAAAUUGGCUACCCCGUCAUGAUCAAGGCUUCAGCAGGUGGUGGUGGGAAAGGCAUGAGAAUUGCGUGGGAUGAUGAAGAGACCAGGGAAGGCUUUAGAUUUUCAUCUCAAGAAGCUGCUUCAAGUUUUGGUGAUGACCGAUUGCUAAUAGAAAAGUUUAUUGAUAAUCCUCGUCACAUAGAAAUUCAGGUAUUGGCCGAUAAGCAUGGCAAUGCAUUAUGGCUGAAUGAAAGAGAAUGUUCUAUUCAAAGGAGAAAUCAGAAAGUUAUUGAAGAAGCACCAAGCACUUUCUUGGAUCCUGAGACACGCAGAGCUAUGGGAGAACAAGCUAUAGCUCUUGCCAAAGCUGUAAAAUACUCAUCUGCUGGAACAGUGGAAUUCCUUAUGGACUCAACAAAGAAAUUUUACUUUUUGGAAAUGAACACUAGACUUCAGGUUGAGCAUCCUAUCACAGAAUGUAUUACCGGUCUGGACCUAGUCCAAGAAAUGAUCCGUGUUGCUAAGGGUUACCCUCUGAGGCACAAACAGGCUGAUAUUCCUAUCAACGGCUGGGCAGUUGAAUGUCGAGUGUAUGCUGAGGAUCCCUACAAAUCUUUUGGUCUGCCAUCUAUUGGUAGAUUGUCUCAGUACAAAGAGCCGCUGCAUGUGCCCAAUGUCCGUGUUGAUAGUGGAGUACAGCAAGGAAGUGAAAUCAGUAUUUAUUAUGAUCCCAUGAUUUCAAAACUAAUCACCUAUGGAUCCAACAGAGCUGAAGCUUUGCAAAGAAUGGAAGAGGCCUUGGAUAGUUAUGUUAUAAGAGGUGUAGCCCACAAUAUUGCCUUAUUACGGGAAGUGAUAAUCCAUCCACGCUUUGUCCAGGGAGAUGUCAACACGAAGUUUCUUCCUGACGUGUAUCCUGAUGGCUUUAAAGGACACACGUUGAAAGACUCUGAAAAAAGGGAGCUACUUGUAACAGCAGCGUCUUUGUAUGUGACUGAACAACUUAGAUCGCAGAGAUUUAUGGGAACUCCAAGAGUUUCUGUUGUUCAACCUGAUGUAAACAAGUGGGAGCUAUCAGUCCAGCUGGGGGAAACAGCUCACUCUGUUACGGCUUCAUGUCAAGGAUCUACAUUCUUGGUGGAAGUUGAUGGGAUAAAACUUAGUGUGACUGGCGAGUGGAACUUGGCUUCAGCCUUCUUGUCUGUUAACGUGGAUGGUGUUCAGAGAACUGUACAGUGCCUUGCACGGGAUGCAGGUGGAAAUCUUACAAUUCAGUUCCUUGGCACAGUGCCCCAAGUACAAGUUACGUAUACUGACCAACCUUGCUGCAGAACUCAGCAAGUACAUGCCAGAGAAAGUGGUGGAAGAUUCCACAAGCAUCCUGAGAUCACCCAUGCCUGGAGCAGUGGUGGCAGUUUCUGUAAAGCCUGGAGACAUGGUUGUAGAAGGUCAGGAGGUCUGUGUGAUUGAAGCUAUGAAGAUGCAGAACAGUUUGGUUGCUGCUAAAACUGGCAAGGUGAAAGCUGUGCACUGCAAAGCUGGUGAAACUGUUGGGGAAGGAGAUGAGCUGGUGGAACUAGAAUGAAACCAUUACUUUCAUACCUUGCCACAAUUGGACUAGCAUCUCUUUAUGUUCCUCCACACAUUCAAAUGAACAUUAAGGUAGCAAGAGAAUUAUGUAUACUCAAGUGUUGCUGAGACACCUUUUUUUUUUUACAAUCAAUCUUGAGCAAGAGCCAAGGGCCCAUAUGGCUGACCCUGCCAAUUCUUAAAUUAAAAUUGCCUCUAGUCUCAUAUUUCACUCCUUUUAUAAAUACCUGUACAUAUGAGAUUUGUAACUCUUUUCUGCAGUUCUCCUGAUAUCAAAUAAAUUAAUAAAAACACUUUGACAUAUAAACUGAAUAUGUCAUUUAAACCUUCAUAACUUGGGCACUUUAAUUAAACACUGGAUGUACCAGUGCAACCUGCAAGCAAGAGAUGAUGUUUGUGGAUCCUCCCCUAUGUAAAAAUUCCCUGCAAGGAAUAUUAGCACAGCAGGGAGUUUUCUAUUUGCAGCUGUGGUUGUGUGUGUGGUUUUUUUGUAUCAGAGCUUUAAAAAAUUGUAUCCUUACAUGAAGUCUGAAAUGGUAAAGUCCAUUCCAUCCCCUCAAGACUCUACCACUUCAAUGUGCUGCAUCUAUUGAUCUGGCCUAAAGCACUGGGUAUCAAGCCCUAUAUGGCUUAUUGAUUUAAUAUUUAUUUAUUUGAUCUAUUUCUACCUCAACUUUUAGGGCAAGCCCCUUCCGAAAGCAUAUUACAAUAAAAUGUUAAAACAAAACAACUAAAAAUAACAAAAUAAAUAUAAAUCCUUAGUAUAUAGUAUGUUUUCAAAAUUAAUGUUUUAGGGGGUGGUUAUCCCUUGGAUUCUGCCUUCCAAUGAUCAUACAAUUUCUGAAGAGUACUCAAGAUAGAAAUGCUACUAACUCGUUAUAAUAAUUUCAACUUCAGCAGAUUCUUUAAGGAGCCUUGAUGUGAACUAUUAAAAGUUGUGGCACAUAAUGUAGCCUUAACCCAA